AUGGAUCAUAGCCCUGUUUCAAUUCUCGCCCAAGGAAAUAAAGAACUUGUAUCAUCGAUUAAAGAAAAAUUUGAAGCAAUUUCAUCUUUGAAAUCUAUCUACAGUGUCCCGAAGAAAUUUCUAGAAGCAAAUGAGAAGGUGUACGUCCCUAGGACGGUUUCAAUUGGUCCUCUCCAUCAUGGUAAGGAAAUUCUGAACUACAUGGAAGAUUGUAAGUGGCAUUACUUGUUCACACUGCUCAGUCGACAACCAAACCUUGAAGCAAGCUUGCAUGAAUGUGUGAAUGCAUUAAGCUAUUUAGAGAACAUAGCACGAAAUUUCUAUGCAGAAGAAUUCAAUCUCAGAAGCAAUAAAUUUAUAGAGAUGAUGUUAGUUGAUGGUUGUUUCAUCAUUGAGCUUUUCUUGAAACGUGCGCUAAAGGGUAUAAGACGCAGUGGUGACCCCAUAUAUGCCACACCAGGGUUAUUCAAUAAUGUUAGAUGUGAUCUGAUCUUAUUGGAAAACCAAUUACCACUACCCAUUCUUCAAAGGUUGUUUAAAAUUGUAGUCACUCCAAUGAAAUGUGACUUGACCCUUUCCGAGCUGGCCAUUCAUUUCUUCAGAAAUAUGUUGCUAGGAGAUAAGGAAAUUGUCAAUGAAAAGUUUAACCAAGAAGGUUAUCAUUUGCUUGACUUAAUUCGCCAAUGUUACCUACCAACAUUUGCUAGAUUACAAUUAAAAAAGCAUGUAUCACUUGAUAAUCUUCAGUGUGCAACAAAGCUUCGGAAGGAUGGUAUUAAGUUCGCGUGUUCCACAAGGAGCUUGCUAGAUAUAAAGUUUGCAAAUGGGGUCCUUGAAAUUCCUCCCCUUACAAUCCACCAAUAUACAGAAAUACUAUUUUCCAACCUCAUAGCAUUUGAGCAACAACAAAAUGGUCCUCAACCAUUCACAUCUUAUGCCUUCCUAAUGAAAGACAUGGUUUGCAAUGAAAGUGAUGUGAAGUUGUUCCGCCGCCUAAAGAUCCUUAUCAUAGAUAAUUUCAUGGAGAAAGAUGUUUGUGAUAUUUUUAAGAGGCUAUGCAAGGAAAUGGAACAUGUGGAGGACAAUUUCUAUUUUGCGGGGCAGAUUGAACAUAUAAUUGAGUAUAAAAGAAGUCUGAGUUGGAAGAAAAUAUUGAAUUGCAAUUGUCUUAAAACUCGUACAUCUACAUGA